AUGGGAGCGUACAAGUACCUAGAAGAGUUGUGGAAGCGAAAACAGUCCGAUGUGCUGCGCUUUCUGCUGCGUGUGCGUGCUUGGGAGUACCGCCAGCUACCUGUCAUCCACCGUGUGAAUAGUCCUACCCGUGUAGACAAGGCCCGACGCCUCGGAUACAAGGCUAAGCAAGGUUUCGUGAUUGUGCGCGUUGCUGUGCGUCGUGGUGGCCGCAAGCGUCCAAACUCAAAGGGUAUUGUGUACGGUAAGCCAAAGCACCACGGUAUCAACGAGCUAAAGUUCGAGCGCAACUUGCGCUCGGUGGCUGAAGAGCGUGCCGGCAACAAAUUCUCAAACCUGCGGGUGCUCAACUCGUACUGGGUCAACCAGGAUGCGACGCACAAGUACUUUGAGAUCAUUAUGGUGGACCAUUCGCACAAGGUCAUUCGUCGUGAUCCUCGUAUUAACUGGAUUGUCAAUGCCGUGCACAAGGGUCGCCAACAGCGUGGCCUCACGUCGGCGGGUCGCCAGGGUCGUGGUCUCCGCAAGCGCGGGCACCGUGCCAACAAGAUUAUCGGUUCAUCUUUCCGUCAAAACUGGAAGCGUCGCAACACUUUGUCGCUGCGUCGUUACCGCUCGUAG